AUGUCCUCCCCCUUCCUGUCCGCCGGCAACGGUGGCGACCUAGGCACGUCCUACGGUGUCAUGCUCGUCUCUACAGUCGGCACUGCAGUACUGUACGGGUUUACUGUCCUGCAAGCACUAUACUACUUUGGGAAGUUCCCCCAGGACUCAAGAUGGCUUAAAGCUGCUGUGGGCAUCACGACCGGCAUGGAUGGGGUCACCGUCAUCCUGGACACCCACAUGGUUUACUAUUAUCUUAUUCUCAAUUACAACAAUCCACCAGCACUGGAGACGGAAGUUUUGUCGGCUCAAAUUGAAUUGCUGCUUACGUACACAGUCGUGUUAGUCGUACAACUGUUUUUCAUCACUCGCAUGUGGCACCUUCGUCCGCAUUGGUGGUGGAUCCCAGCUAUCCUUGGUGUCCUUGCCGUGGCAUCAUGGGUGAUGAUUAUUGCCAUCUUCGCAAGAGUUGUACAUGACACCAAGUGGACAGACACAGAUCGACCUUCUGUUACUCGACCACUUGCCGUCAACUGGGUGCUCGGCAUGAUCGUCGACGUUGCGAUUACUGUGGUUCUGUGUUGGUACCUCUGGAGUGACAAGCAGAUGGUCCGGCACAAAACCAACGUGAUGCUCAACCGCAUCAUCGUUUUCCUCGUCAACAGGGCAGCGAUCGCAGCGAUCGUGCAAGUCCUCACUCUUGUCACCAAAGUCGGCUUACCGAACACGCUGAUCUGGAUCGCGUUUCACAACAUCCUAUCUAAAGUGUACGCGAAUUCGAUGCUUGCAACCCUUAACGCGCGCAUGUCACUUCGAAAGAUAGCGAUGGAGACCGAGCUUGAGCAGACACCGCCCCCCCACCCGUCCCGCUUCUCCGCGGCGCCGGGUGGGCCCCCGGGACUCAACAGCUCCGGCUACUCUGCCGACCGGCACGCUCCAUUACAGUUCGCGCAUAACUUAGCGCUGCACACGAGCGGUACGACGACGAUGGACGUCUAUGACUACACCGGGCCAUACUCGCACGUCCCGCACAGCAGUGGGCGCGGGGGACCUGGCCUGUCUCAGAAGCCUGAAAACGAAGACAGCGACGCGAAGCCGGAGUCGAUCGUCUAG